AUGUCCACCGCAGUGUCUUCCGCCGUGGCAUACCUCUAUUUGCAAUCUUACGAUCCGCCCUACCACCCCAACCCCCUUUCCUACUCUCCGCAGUCGUCCCUAGAAUCACAAAUCAACCCAUCCGGUGAUGAGUUCACUGGCCUCGAAUCCUGGGAUACUUGGGCUACGCUCGAUGCCAGUUAUUAUCAGCCAUCGAUAGCCAGUUCGACUGCUCUCUAUCCGACACCUGUUAUAGAAUCACUGCCUACACCUGUCAAUAAUGAUUUCACUUCGAUCCUGGAACUUCAUGACUCUCAAGAAUUCCUCCAAUCCCUUGAUGCUGGUCUAACAUGUCCUGAAGAUUACUGUCCUGAGCCCGCUGCCACUUUGCCGCCUCCACCUGCAACCAUGACAUCGUCCCCCAGCUCAUCGUCUCCUUCCAGCGAGUCUGUUCCUACUCCAUCAGUUUCUGGCCCUGCAAAAUCCACCAGCACCUCUCGCAUUGAGAAGCGCCAGCAGAAUACACUAGCUGCUCGCCGGUAUCGGCAAAGGCGAGUGGAUCAGCUGAAGAGUUUGGAAGAGGAACUGCGCAAAGUGAAAGAGGAGCGUGAUGCACUAAAGAUGCGCGUCUCUAAGUUGGAAGGUGAAACGGAAGCCCUGAGAUGUCUUGCCGGACGGCAAAAAAAAUAG